UCCUUCUCAAGACACCCAUCUGAUCUGGACUUUGCACUUGCUCAAUUUCUGAUCUCUUGCUUUCCAGACUUUUAGUCUCUUACUUGCAUUUUUCGAGCCUCAUCGCCUGUCCAUCGUUUGCUGUAGAUAGCCAGGGCUCCUUGUUUACUGUUUUGGCCCACGCGUACCUUCCAUGUUGCGUGCCAACGAACGCGUCUAAAGCCAUAUAGGUGGCAGUGCACCCCAUUGGACGAUCGACCAAUAUCUCGAGAGUGUCACGGACUGCGAUAGAAUAGUAUUGAGUCCAGGCUUGGGUCGCUUGCAUCGGCAGAGCAGUCUGCACCAUGGGUGUUCAAGGCCUUCUGCCCCUCCUCAAGUCCAUCCAGAGACCAACGGAGCUCAAAAAUUUUGAAGGCUUGACGCUUGGUGUCGAUGGCUACGGCUGGCUGCAUCGAGCUGCUUACUCUUGCGCCGUAGAGCUCGGCCAGGGCAAACCAACGACCAGAUAUGUAACCUCGGCCCUGCAGCGCGUGCGCAUGCUCAAGCACUUUGGUGUCAAGCCUUACCUCGUCUUUGAUGGCGACUACCUCCCGAGCAAGGCAGCCACCGAGGACAGCCGCGAGAAGAGCCGCAAUGACAAGAAGAAGCUGGCGAUGGAGCUUCUCAAGGCUGGCAAGAAGGCUUUGGCUGCACAAGAGUUCCAGAAGUGUAUUGACAUCACUCCCGAGAUGGCUUCCAACCUCAUUCAGCAACUCAAGAAGAUGGACAUCCCGUACGUCGUCGCUCCGUACGAGGCUGACGCUCAACUCGUCUACCUUGAGCGCAAGGGCCUCAUUGAUGGAAUCCUUUCGGAUGACUCCGAUCUGCUAGUGUUUGGGGCAAAACGACUGUUGACCAAGCUCGAUCAGUACGGCCACUGCAUCGAAAUCAACCGCCGCGACUUUUGUGCAUGCAGGGAGGUUUCUUUGACAGGGUGGACCGACCAAGACUUCCGACGCAUGGCCGUCCUCAGCGGCUGCGAUUACACCAAAGGCCUACCGGGCGUCGGUUUGAAGACGGCAUAUCGGUUGCUGCGAAAAUCGAAAACACCGGAGAGGGUAGUGCAAAUGGUGCAGCUGGGGGGCAAGCGCGUUUCAGAGAACUACCUGUCCGAGUUCUACCAAGCCGAGCUAACCUUCCUCCACCAAUGGGUGUUCUGUCCGGAAAAGCGAGAGUUGGUCCAUCUGACGGAUCUCGACAAUCGUCGAACUGCGGAGGAGAUGCCAUAUAUUGGGGCGUACGUGGAACCAUCAUUGGCACGACAGAUCGCCGAGGGAGACGUCGACCCCAUCACAAAGACUCCGAUUGUCACCGCCACUACUCCGUCGAAACGUAGACACUCGCAAGCAGCGGCUGCUACGGUGCCAGGGCCACCGCCCCCGAAGCCCAUCACAAACUACUUCAAAGGAAACAACCGCAUUCCGAUGGGCGCCAUGGACCCCAACUGCUUCAAGAUUGACGAGCAAAGACUGGCACAGCUUACAGAUGGAGGGUCAGCUCCAAGGGUCUUCCCUCUCCCACGGCCAUAUCUAGAUACAGCCCGCCCGCCAACGGCAAGACAAAGCACGGGAGGGGUGCCUACGCGAACUUCACCGAGGCUCCAGCGCAGACGGACCGAACCCAUCCAGAAUAUGCUUGCUAGUAUGGAGCCAGCCGGCAGACGACCUCAACCUACGAAAGCCGACGGUUCAACGAGACCGCCUAAGAAAGCACGAUUGUGUGAUGACUCAAACGAGCAAGAUGACUCACCAAAACAGAGCAAGUUCUUCAGCGUCAAGAAGACAUCCAGACACUCUCACGUUUCGUCGGAAGGGACAUUCGAAGCGCUGAUGGAUUUGCCCGACUUUGAGGGAUUCAGCUCCCCUGACCCAAAGAAGAAGUCUAUUUCUAUCUACGAGGAGAUCUCGCCGUCAAAAGGCAAGGGCAAGGCGGAGAUUCCCGUCAAGGACGAUAGCCAGGAUUCUGGCAUAUCGACGAGCCAAGAAACAGCGAACUCGAGCAUGACUGAGAUCACCUUCAGCCAGCAGCCCGAUAGCCAAGACCUUCCUCCGUCUCCCACAAGGUCGAUGCCGCCGCCAAAGAGAGCAAGUCGACGGCACGCGGCCAGCACGCCGUCUCGACGCAGCCUCAACCGGUACUCCUUCGCACCUACACCUUCUGAUACACCGGCAUCAGAUGCAUCCCGCCGCUCCUCCAUCUUCAGUUCCGUCUCUACCCCAGCCACCGGCCCGUCGACGGCUGGCGGGAGUGCCCGCCUUUCCGCUCUGCAACGCCUCGGCGCCCGCGCCUUACUGCCCAACACAGCGUCGCCGAAGCCGCGGGAAUCUCUGAUCCCCAAGAAGAAGCCCACGGGCGAGCCGGCGGAGCCAGCUUCCUUCCCUCUCCCUAAGGUCGAUGUGGUAGAGAUAGCUGCACUGAACAGACCCACGGGCGGCAGCGAGGACCAAAUCAUCCCCAAUAGCGACGGAGAGGAUGAGGAGGACUUUGAAAGCGCGCCAGUGUCGAAGCCUGACUUUUCACGAUUUGCCUUUACAAGUGCAUAAGCGGUGUUUGUUGAUUUUGUUUUUUUUUUCUUCGUUUCGCUUUAUUGGUUGUUUGAGACACUGUCGGUGUUACGGUACGUUCUGCAUGGAUACAGGGGUUAUUGUCUUGGCCACAGCAAGGGGUUUUUUGGAGUUCAGGCAUUGUAGACAUUGCCCAUUGUAGGCAUUUGAGUACAACUUUCAAGAAUGGCACAAGAACCGUGAUAUCAUCGUGUCCAUUUCCUAUCCUUUUAAAACACUUAAACCGGGCUCCCAUGGCU